UUUAGAGGAAUCUUCAAUAAGGAUAUGAUCUGGAUGGAAAGACUUGAAAGAAAUAGGCGCAAUAGUGAAGCUUGGAUGAGCGGUAGAGAAGGAUUAACAUGGUAUGGAAGAGGUCGUCUAAGUUUAAGAGAACCAAGAGACGCGUUAAGAAGAGGAUUAGAAGGAAUUUCGGGUGGAAUAUGGCAAAAAGGGGUGGAUUUGGAUGGACCUCCAUCACGUAAAUCUUCGGUAACGUCAGAUACAUCACAAUCAAGUGGACAGACAACAAUAUCAGGAGCUACUACUCCAGAAGAUGGAGUAGAACAACGAAUGGUUGAUUGUGUCAUACUUCAUGGGGAAGUGAUGUCUAUUUCUACUCAUGUAGGGCUUUUUCAAAAUAAAAAACAUGAAUAUUUAGUUCUUACAAAUGAUGAACUUUUCAAGUUUAAAUCACGAAUAAAGGCCGUAAUGGCAUUUCCUUCGAUUGCUCCAAUAAAUGAAUGUAAUGAGAAAAUAUCGAAAGUCCAUACGAUCCAUGGGAUAUUCAGAAAGCAACAUAUGGAGAUGGAUCAACAUUCAUUAUUACUGCGUCAGAUUAUAGCUAUUAGGGAAAUUGGGCCUACAAGUUUUUCGAUUUAUUAUGAUGAUCCUUUUUUAUCGUCAUCAUUCUCUACGGUAUCGAUUAUUACUUUACAUUAUAGAUCGAGUGAUAUUAUGCGAUGUUGGAUUAUACAUAUUCGUGCAGCAGUGCAGUUACAAUGUGUUUCUGGUGCAUUUUUAUCAUCUAAGCAAUUUGAUUAUGUUAAAAAUUAUAUGAAAUAUUCAUACGAAAAUAAUAAAGUCUCAGAGCAGAAUUUUAAAGCAUUUCGAGUGAUCCAGAAACUAUCUAAAUCAUCACGAUCUGAUUCAGGGCAAGAUGAUAUGACAAAGCGUGUUUUUGUGCCUCGAAUUCUUGUAAUUGGAACAUAUAGUAUUCAUAUUUUGCCUAUCCCUUCUCUGGAAUAUCCUGCAUUUUCUACAAAUACAUUUCGACCUUUUGAUAUUCCCACACAUGGUUUAUUAUCUCUUUCUUCUAUAAUCGUCUCUCCAAAUGAUGAUUAUAUGCGCUUAUGGUUUCAAAUCCCGUGUAAUUCAACAAAUUGUCUAGACUUUGCUUCUUGCAAAUCAGACGAAAUCAUGGCUAUUAUAAAAAAGACUAUUGAUCAUUUACGGCCACAUUGGCCAAAUACGCCCUUUUCUAUAAAUUUGCCUCAAGAUUUUGAAGCAUUAUCUUUAUCCAAAAAGUCUGAAAAUAUUAAAGCAAAUAUAGAAAGCUUUCAGAAUACUUUAAGAGGCUAUGCUAUAAGCUAUGGAGUUGACGCAUCUAAUAUUUAUUAUCAAAUUUAUCAGAAAGAUUCUAAAUCAAUUUUUCGCUUGCUACCACCUACACAUUUUGUUUCGAAAAAGUAUUCUAAUAAAGAUUAUUCAUUACUUGAGCUGCUUGCAGUAUUUCGCUCUUUACGCUAUCAGUCAUUUAAUGAAAUUUCCUUUGCAGAUAUUAAUCUUAGCUGUUUAAAAGCGAAAAAAUAUCGUCAUGAUGAUGCUAAUUUUCAUGAAAGAGCUAUACUUAAUUUAAAAGCAGGACUAGAAAGGGGUUCUGUACUUCAAGAAGAAUUACGUGAUUUAGCUAUUUUUAAUAAGUCCCUUAUUAAACUUAAUUUAUCUGGUACUAUUCCAAAAGCUUGUAUGUCUAACGAUUCGGAUGAAAAAGGUUCAGAAGUUGUUGCAGCCUUAAUGCCACUUAAUAGGCAUGAGUUAAUCACACAAGUUCGAUGUUUUAAUUUUUCUAAAAUUGAGUUGGAUUCUGUUGAUGUUGAUUGGCUUUUGGAUGCAGUAACAAAUAGGUUUAGUCGUUUAGAGGGUCUGGAACUUAGUAAAUGCGGUUUAUCCUGCAGAAGCUUAUCUAUUUUGCUUCAAGGUCUUGAAAUUCAACACAAUACUAUGAUGACUUUAGAUCUUUCACAUAAUCCAGGAAUGAUUGAAAUUAAUGCUUUAAAUGAUACCCUUUCAAAACUUUCUUAUUUAAAAAUAUUACGGCUAGGCUAUUGUACAUUUGAUCUUCCUGAAACCUUUAUUCAACCUCAAUCGCUUUAUUCUUUACGACUUCAUGAGCUUUGCUUAGAUGGCAUCAUUUUGUCAGAAACUAUCAUAUUUUUGAUAUCUUUAUAUCUCUCCGAUUAUGCCUCUUUUUCUCUUAGAAUUCUUUCAUUAAAAUCUUGUGGAAUAACUGGAACUAAUUUUGCAAAAAUACUUAACGCUAUUAAUCUUGUGGAUCAACCACGAGACGAAAGAUUGCAAAUACUUGCAGGAGAUAAUAGAUUAUUUGAUGGUCAUGAUGAAAUUGUUUCUUCUAUUUUAAUGGGACGUGGUCCUGCAAGAAUCUCAAUAGCUAGUCUUGAUUAUUCAUCAGAAGAACAGUUUCAAUAUCUUUUGAAGGCUAUUACUGUGUCUAAGCAUAUAUCUCAUUUAGAUAUAUCUAGAAUUGGGCUCCCGUAUGAAGCUUCUAAAGAAACUUGCAAAUAUUUGGCAGAGCUUUUUGAGAAAAAUACUUCCUUGAGAGAAUUAGAUUUGACAGGUGAAAUAGGUUUACUUCAGACUACUGGUUUUGGUAGCGGGAUUGCUCAAUCAUUAAAAUCUUUGGAAAAAAAUAAAUCACUCGAAGUUUUAAAAAUCGAAGGAAAUUCAAUAAAGGAAAAAGGAGCUGAAAUAAUAGCUGAUGUACUUUUAGUAAAUACAACGCUUCGUAGAAUUGAUCUUGAUAAAAAUAUGAUCGGUUUUAAAGGGUUUAGUGCUAUUGUUUCAGCAAUGGCAACAAAUACAACCGUUAUAAAAUUAUCACCAUUCAUACAUGAUUAUGAACAUCAUUUAUUACACAUAUCUAUAGACUCUAACGCUGCCCUCACAUCUAAAACUGCCUUUUCUUCAGUUAGAAAACGGCAUUCUAUCUGUUCUAAAGAUUUAAAUUUGAUUAGAGAAUCAUUGAAAGGAACAUCUAAGGUUUUGAAAGAACAAUGGAAUAGAGAAGCAAUGAAAUUGGAAUCAUAUCUUACACGAAAUCGAUUAAAACUUGAUACAUAAG